CCAUCGGAGAUGCUCUUAGAUCCAAUCAAUGAAUCAAUACGACUGAAGUAGCUUGAGUUUUUGAAUCCACAGAAACAUGUCAACAGCAUUCAGUGGUGAUGAAACUGCCCCCUUCUUUGGGUUUCUUGGAGCUGCUGCGGCCUUAGUUUUCUCAUGUAGAUUCAGUGUGCAUAUAAUCGUAUGCAACUAUUACUUGGAAGAAUUCUGGUUGUAAACAUGUAAUUAUAUGUUGGUAAGAAAUUAGGGAUGCAUGCAGGUACUAAAUUAAUCAGUGAAAGGCAGAAUCCAGUUUCAUCAAUGGGAUUUGUAAAGAGGUUUUUGGUUAAUAAUGAAUUUAAUUGAUAUUGGCCUAGGUAUGGGGGCAGCGUAUGGCACCGCGAAGAGUGGGGUAGGAGUUGCAUCAAUGGGAGUGAUGAGACCAGAGUUGGUAAUGAAGUCAAUUGUGCCGGUGGUUAUGGCGGGUGUCCUGGGUAUUUAUGGUUUGAUUAUUGCAGUCAUCAUUAGUACAGGCAUUAACCCCAAAGCAAAGUCGUAUUAUCUUUUUGAUGGCUACGCACACCUUUCGUCUGGGCUUGCUUGCGGUCUUGCUGGACUUUCUGCUGGAAUGGCAAUUGGAAUUGUUGGUGAUGCUGGUGUUAGGGCUAAUGCACAACAGCCAAAGCUUUUUGUUGGCAUGAUUCUGAUUCUCAUUUUUGCUGAAGCUCUAGCCUUGUACGGUCUCAUUGUUGGCAUCAUUUUGUCUUCAAGAGCUGGCCAAUCCAGAGCGGACUAAGUGCAAGGCCUUACUGUUGUGUCUUGCACAUAAUUUUGAGUACUAUCGUUUGUUUUUAUUGAAGGAGAUGUUGGUGCUGUGCCUCAAAAUUUUUGUGCCUAGUCCUGAGUAUUCAUUGGAUAGUCAUUGUUUAAUGUUUAGAACAGUUGUAUAAAAGUAUUCUGAUGUUGGUUGUAAUAGUAGGGAGUACCUCCCAUGCACAAUAUAUAAGCCUUGUUGCACAUCUAUGUGAUUGCUUCUUUUUACAAAUUAUGAACAAUUACUGGUUUGAGGGA